UAGAUCUGCUUCAGCCUCAUUUAGAGAGAAUUGCUGUCGAAGCACUACAGAUCUGUUGUUUGUUGCUUCCACCACCGAAUCGUAGGAAGAUGCAGCUCCUCAUGCGGAUGAUCUCUCGCAUCAGCGAAAACGUCGAUAUGCCACGGCUGCACGAUGCCAUGGGCACGCGUUCCUUGAUGAUACAGACCUUCUCUCGGUGCGUGCUGUGCUGCGCAGAAGAAGUAGAUCUUGAUGAGCUGCUUUCUACGCGAUUAGUUUCCUUUCUGAUGGACCACCAACAGGAAAUAUUUAAGGUGCCAACUUACCUGCAGGUCGCGGUGCGAGAUCACAUAGAAUACAUGAAGAUGGCUCAGGUUGGUGGCAUGACAGAAGCUUAAUUUCAGUUGCUGAUUGCAGGGUAUUUCUUACUUCUGAAGGUGAAUGGGAAGAAUAAGCCUAUAUUUUGAAUGCAAAGUUUAAUAAUUACACUGUUGGUGUAGGCCUAGGUAUUUGCUACUUGAUAAAGUUUUGCAACUUGUGAUGUCACUGUACAUUGGUUUGUUUGGACGUUUGCUAAGUAUCUUCUCACUGAAAUAGUAUAUAAUA